AUGGAGCCGGAAGUGCUGCCGGUGUUCUACUACAAUGACAUGCUGCUGUCCAACAUUGGUGACACCAUUGGCCUCUCGGCCACUGGGGCCACUGCCCUGCCUUCCUUUUUGGGUCUCAUACUGGAGUGCGAGAGGUGUCUGAAUCUGUUUGAGCCGCGGUAUCUGCUCAUGUGCCAACGUCUGGCGACGGAUCCGCGGUUUCUCUUCAUGCCCAACUACGAGGACUAUCGCUGCCGCCCCGGUGAUGUGGGCUUUGUGGUGCGCAUCACCGGACUUUGGCCGCAGGGCGGUGGCCGGACCUUUGGUGUCCAGGGCUCUGCGGUGACACUGGCAGCGGUGUCGUGCACAUGGGAGGAGCCGGAUACCCAUGGGCUUCACUAUGCACAGUACUGGCCCUUAGAUGCGAAGAAGGCGCCUUUGUUGCACACGGAAUCCUGCGAGCUGGUAAAGACUAUGCUUAGAACUGGAUGGGUGCAACAGAAACAUUCGCUGCACCUUCAGAAGGCAGAGGUCGGUGCGGAGAUCUUUUUCAGCUCCAACUGGCCAGACAGGGCGUACCUGUCCGCCUUCUUACCCAGCGCCGAAGCCGAGAGGUCCUUUGCAGAUUGCUGGACCUCGGUUCUGCCAGAGCUGGUGCAUCCGCGCUUCAGCGGGGAGGAGAUUUUGGAGGCGCGGUGCCUUACCCCGCGCCGAGAGUCCGAGCCCAUGGCUGAUGCCUCAGGUGAUCCAACGGUCAUGAAUGACCUUCGUUUCCUGAUCGUCUCGGACCCCUGUGCCAUGGAGGAUUUGAAAGGAAAAGAUGACCUCAUUCUGGACAUUCCCAAGGCGUUGUGGGCUCAGCUGCUCUCCAGCUCGCUCCAUUUGGCCAAAAUCUUCGAGAUGCAUGUGCGCUUCGUGCGCGACGUGCGGUUGGAACCGGAACUCAUCAAGUUUCGAUAUCGCGAGCCAGUUGAUGGUCAGGAAGGUUCUGCAGAAAAGAAGUUUCGGUCGAAAACGUCGAUUGGAGUCUUGGUCACCAACGGCUUCAAUGUGGAACUUUGGACCAGAACGCAGGACCUGGCUGUGACAGAGGACUCCGCUGAGGCGGCCAAGCAGCGCUUGAAUUGGAAGCUCAACAGGCUUCGGCUGAGUAUUGUGCAACGAGCACGGCAACGAGGGCAGCGGCCCCUGGCCACGUUGGAGGACGAUGUGUCCCGCCUGGUGUGCAGCUUCGCCUUCGCAGGCUUGGGCCUGGUGGCCACGGAGAUCUUCCGUUACAACCGGCAGAAUUUCGCCUUUGACCAGGAUCAGCGCUUCAACCGCGAUGAGCUGCGCUUCAAGAUGCAGGUGGAACGUUUCCGGCUCUUCCGGCAAGAUAUCCGGGACUUGGUGGAGCUCACGGUACAGAAGAUGGAUUUAUACCACAUGGUAGGCGCGCUGUUCAUCCGCAUGAUCAGCAUCUACUAUUCUGAGGGCUUCUUUGCUGAGCCUCCACCAACCUUCCUGCAGGUGGCAUACUACCUCUCACAGGCCUGUGCGCUGGUGUACCUGUUGAUGGCCAUUUGGCUGUCCAUGCACGCCUCGAUCAAGUCGCACAGCUAUGCCACUCGCUUGCUCACCAGGUUCGUGCGUCUACCGAUCCCCGGCUGCAGCGAACUGAACCUUUUGAAUGCACGCUAUGCGGACUUCGAAGGGCAAGGUGGACAGAUGUUGCGGGUGCCGUUUUGGCGAGGUGACAACCAAUGGGAGGAGCGAACGUCAAAGGUUGAAGCCGCCAGUGCCGCCAGUGCCGCGCCAGCCCUGGAGGGGCAUACCAUGGCAGCGACCAGCUCCGACAAUCUGGAGACGGGUGAGUUCGCUUACGGCGGUGCGUCAAACAUGCUCGGCAGGGAGCAGGAGCUGCUGGAAGCUGUGGAAUUUCGAACACAUCGACAUGUGCAGAUCUUUCGGCAGUUGCAAGCCAGGUGGCAGUGCUUUGAUGCCUACUCUCGGGUUUGCAUGUCCUUUGGCGUGCGUCACAUGCUGCAAUCCAUUAACUACUACUUGCUGGGCCUUUGUAUGGUUCAAGCAUACAUUCCAGAUGUCGGCUUUGUCCUCACGAUCAUCUUCCAGGCUCUGGCGGUGAACAUCACCAUCCUGGACGUGCAUGGCCUUCCCUGCUUCGGGACUUUUGAUCUGUCCUUUAUUGGCUUCGUACCUGCGGUGCUUGCAUGUACUGCGCUCUUUUUGGCAGCCCGAAAUGAAGAAGGACUGUUGGAUGAGCACAACAGAUAUCCCGCCUCUGUGGCCAUCUAUCCCUUGGAGAUCGCCUGGUUCGAGCUGCUCCACUGGGUGGCUUCUCCAUCCUCCUCGGAGAGCUCGGUGCCGCGCCACUUCCGGGCCGUGCUCUUCAUGGACGUCUUCGGUGACGCCGAAGAUCCCAUCACCGGCGAGACGCUCAGCGGGGGCUUGGCGGAUCCUGCGGAGCUGCUGGCGGAGGUGCAAAUGUCCUUCGAGGCACUGAAGGUGGCACGAAGCUGUUUGCGUCGCUGGGAAGAGGUACCAGGCGACUGGUUGCACAUGCGGCAGAAGAGGGAACUUGAGCAGUCCAGCGAUUACCUGCGGCUUGAAAUGGAUGCAUUUUCCGAAAUUCUCCAUGGAAUCAGCUCAGAGAUGCAGGUGGAUGAAAGAUCCUGGCGGGAGCUGCCCGAAGCAGAGCGACUGGUGGAGCCAUGCGCAGGCAGCAUCUUGGGCCCUUUCUACUUCUCAAGAGCAGGGAAGACACAGACGUUCUACUGGGACAUCGAAAAAACACCAGACACAGGAAACUACAAGUUGCUCUUCGAGAUUCCAGGUGCAACUAUGGUGCUGACACUGGAAGAGACACUCAAAGCAGUGAGAAAGUUCAAACAACUGGUGCAGCACGUGCACAGGCUCUGCGGGCACGAACCCACCAAGGUGAAGUCUGAGCCGCUCUGUGGGCCUGGAGGAACCCCAAAGAUGGGUCACGACACUCCCCGCGCAGCAGCCAUCCAUGGCGCCUUCUCCAAGAAGGAAACCCAGGAACUCUACAAGCCCAUUCGAUUGCCCUGGCGGGCUGUCAGCUGUUUGACCCGCACCGGACAGCUUAUGUGGCUAGGGAUUGGCAUCAUGGCGGCCUUGCGGGAGACCGACCUGGUGCGGUUCGACUUCCAGGUGUCGUACAUCGUGGAGGAACGGCGCCUCAAGGGAGAGGAAGAGCUGAUGCUGGAGGAGCUUCCAGUGCAAUGGCCUUUCGGCUCGUUUCUUCGCAUCGAGGCCCUUGAGUGCAUGGAGAAUUCAACGGCUGUAAGCACCCGCUUUGCCACCUAUGCCAUUCCGUACACAGGGAAAGACUUGGUGGCGUUGCAUGAGCCCAGCCACAGGUUUUGCGGCGACCUGGGAUGUGUAGACUUGGCACCCAGGAUCGACUGGCCAAUGUUGUUCGGUCAAGGUGGCUUGAAGCCGCCGCGGCGGCGGUACUUGUCCGGCGCGCUUGAGCCGUGCCAUGUUUUAGCGCGGAUCUCCGAGAUGGAUCCGCUCGCGCUGUGUUUAGUUCUAGUCGAAGGUCCAGGUGACAAUGGGCACCUGCGGAUCCUGCACGCCGAAUUGCCUGGAACGGUGCCAACCACAGCAGGCGAAACGAAAUACGUGUCCUCGUUUCAUGUGAUACAUAGAGUGGACUUCAUCCCACAGCAGACAUCGCAGCUGGCUGCCUUCUGUGUUUCAGGUGGUUUCCUUUGGAUUUUGUCCAAGAGCGAUGGCCGAACGUUUCUGAAUGCCUAUGACGUUCUCCAGAUGGAGCCUGUGCUUCAACGGCAAUGGCGAGUGCACAUGCCCCAGGACAGCCACCCUGUGGCGAUGUGCCGCCAUCGCGACAGCCUAAUUCUGGCUGGACAUUGCCCAAGCGGCCCAGGCUUGUUCCGGACAGAGCUCAACAUGGAGCGAGAGCAAAAUUCCGGAUCUUCAGCCUUGCCGUUUUGA